AUGGCAGACGCUGAUCUCAAACACGAAGUCACACGUCUCGACUCCGUUCAUGACGUGAAGCAUGGCGGAGCUACCGCCGAAGCCGUCGAGGCUAUUCGUGCCGAACAUGAGCUCACCUUCACCGAGGCCUUGAAGCUUUAUCCCAAGGCCAUUGCUUGGUCAGGCUUCGUGUCCAUCGGUGUCAUCAUGCUGGCCUUUGAUCCUCAGCUGAUCGGCAACCUCUACUCGACCCCUCAGUUUGCUCGCGACUUUGGGCACUUGUACAAGGGUGAUUGGGUAAUUCAAGCAUCAUGGCAAACCGCGCUCUCGAUGGGAAACCCCAUUGGUCAGGUCGUUGGUGCCCUCUUCGCCGCUUACCCCAUGGACUACUUUGGUCGGAAACUCACCUUUGCCGUCUGCGUCGUUCUCACUGCGGGCAUCGUCUUCAUUCAGUUCUUCUCCAAGACACUCGGCGUUCUUCUCGCAGGAGAGCUGUUAGCCGGUCUUGUGCUAGGCAUGUUCGUUGUCAUUGCCCCGGCUUACGCCUCCGAAGUCUGUCCCACUGCACUUCGCGGCCACCUCACCUCCUUUGUCAACCUCUGCUUCGUCAUCGGCCAACUCCUAGGCAACGGCGUCACGGCUGGUACCUCGAAGCUGAACAACCACUGGGCCUACAAGAUCCCCUUUCUUCUUCAGUGGUUCUGGAUCAUCGUCAUCCUCCCCGGAAUGGCCUUUAUCCCCGAGAGCCCCUGGUGGUUGGUCCGCAAGAACCGUUUGGAGGACGCUGAAAAGUCGCUGCGAAGACUGGCAUCGCCCAAGGUCAACGUUCAGGCUACCCUGGCCUUCAUCAUGGAAACCGAUCGUCUGGAGCAGGAGCUUGAGGCUGGCAGCACGUACUGGGAUUGCUUUAAGGGCGAUAACUGGCGCCGCACUGAAAUAUCAAUGGGCGUUUACUGCACUCAGGUCCUCAGCGGCAUCUAUCUCAUCAAUUAUGGCACCUUUUUCUUUCAGCAAGCCGGCCUCCCCACCGAUCGCGCUUUUGAUAUGUCUGUUGGCUUUCUGGCUGUCGGUUUCGUCGGAACUCUGGUUUCCUGGGCCCUCUUGAUCCGAGUUGGUCGUCGAACGCUAUUCGUGUCGGGUCUGGCCUGGCUGGUCAUCCUCCAGUUCGUCAUCGGUAUCCUCGAUUGCAUUCCCGGUCGACCCUCCGGCGCCAUCUGGGCAGAGUCGUCGUUGAUGCUCAUUUGGAACUUCUUCUACGACAUCUCCAUUGGCCCCGUCUGCUUCGUUCUCCUUGGCGAAUGUUCCGCUACCCGUGUCCGUUCCAAGACCAUUGCCGCCGCCACUGCUGCUCAGGGCAUCCUCGGCAUCGUUAUGACGGUUGCCAUUCCCUACAUGAUCAACCCGGAGCAGGCCAACUUGCAAGGCAAACUGGGCUUCUUCUUUGGCGGCCUCGCCCUCAUCUGUCUCAUCUGGUCCUAUUUCCGCGUGCCUGAGACAAUGGGUCGCACAUUCGAGGAACUGGAUCUCCUGUUCGACAAAAAGGUACCCGCAAGACAGUUCAAGGGCUACAAGCUCGAGGGCGCGGUGUCUACGGGGGCUGCAUGA